AUGACAAACCUGCCGCUCCAUUUCUAUCUGCGCGACUUGAUUGGCAGUUGUCCCGAGCUUCCGCAAGUGGUGGCCGAUAACCCCCGCUGCGGUGCCUGUGAUCAGGAUCAGCACUACCCUCCCGCACAUAAUAACAACAACAACAUGUCGUUGGAUUGCUCCACACACUCCACGAGUAGUCAACAUUCGUCGCGUUGGGAUAGCAUGCCCAAGGCCAUUAUGGACAACCGCAUGAGGUAUCCGUCGCGUGAUCCUGUCGCUGCCGUUCACAAGAAUGACCCUCGUUUGACACUGAAGCAACCCAAACGCACUGGGUCAUUCGAAACCAACUUUGCACUCAAGGAUGGACUCUUGCCGCCGCGUAACAGAGGAAGGUCGUCAGCGUCAACAGCAUCAUCAUCAUCAUUACAGAGUAGCGGCAGUCAUCAUCGAAACACCAUCAUCCUACCGACACAGCCUCGCUCUGGUGUUCAUGAAAUUCUGGAUCAGGCCAUGGAUGAAUUGCAAUUGAACAACAGUCCACAACACGUUUGA